AUAUAUAUAUAUAUAUAUAUGCUUGUGUAUAAUUCAUUAUAUCAGCAAAUAAUAAUGUUAUACAUAAGGUUUCUUGAAAAUUGGAUUGGCAUUAAGUAAAUACUGGUGCUUCGCUAUAUGAACAGUGAAUCCGAAGAUAGAAAGUCCAUUUAGUGCGCUACGGCACUGGACUAUCGUCUAAUCGCUCUUUUUCAUAUUUCUCAAUAGAUAAAAGUAAGGCCAAGAAGGAUCUUGUGUUUGUAUUGACUUUCGACGAUGACAAUUUAUCAUCAUUGACAUCAAGUUUCAACAUCGACAAUGCAUUUUAUGCUAUUUAAUUACGGUUUAUUUUGUCUCUUAACUCCCGCAUUGAUAAUAAUAUUAAUUUCUCUUUAUAUUUAUCGUCGUAUCGUCGAAGCGUUAUUGAAGCAUCAAUUGAAAGACAAAUUCGUUGGUCUCUUGGAAGGCACCGAUUGCGUUUGGGCUAUAGAAGAGCCUUCGGCCCUUUCUGUCAUAAAUGUCCUUGUUGUUUUGGAAAAGGAUCAACAUGAAAUAAACGCGAACAUUCUAGAAAGCUUUAGAAAUCUAAUUAAAGAACGAUUAAUCGGUUCAAAUUUCGAGAAGAUACUUCAUUGUAAAAAGAAAAAGUAUGGAUACUACUUUUGGGAAAGAGCAAAGGAGAUCGAUUUGAAGGAAAGAAUAAGAUGGCUCGAGCACGAUCAAACGCAUUGCGAUGGAUACUGCGAUGACAUUUACAGCGAAUCGUUGAAAAGAAUAUUGGAAAGGAAGUGUAAUCAACCGCUUCCUCAAAAUCACUCGACGUCCUGGGAGAUAUUAAUUUCAAAGAAUUGUUCAUGCGUCAGUCAUCAGCACGUUCGACGUAUGGAAGAAGGCCGCUCUAUUCUGGAUCGUGGAAGAAGAAACAAGAUCAAGAUCCCAGUAUUAUUUCGUAUUCAUCAUGCUCUCGGCGACGGAUCUGCCUUGUUGAAGCUCUUCUUGGAAACUAUUGCUGAUAAACCUAAUGAAGUCUCGACUAUACCAGAAGAAAAGUGCUCGUUAGGACGUCAAAGGAAGAAUUGUGAAAGAACUUCGUUGGAUCUCCCUAUAUUUACUCACUGUGCGAAAAAUUUCAAUGUUUGCGAGCAGCCUUGUUAUUCGAACGACGUACUUUCCGCUUGUAUGCCCUUUGCCGAUCUACAAUCUCUACGAAUCUUAAAGACGGUCGUACGGAAUUAUUUAAACGGAAAGAUUAAUUAUUUCGAGCAUGUUACCUUCGACGAAUUUAAAAAUGAAAUGCAGAUAUUUCUCUAUGAAUGGUGGAUAAUUUUUAAGGAGUUUCUAAUGAAAGAGGUUUAUGAAAAACUUAAGAUCUUUGUGAAAAAUCUAGUUGUCCUUAUUCUAAUGCCCUCGUAUUUAAUGGAUCAGGCCAUUCGCAGUAUGGAUAAGAAUUCUCUUCAUGGAUCAAAGUUAACUGGACAAAAAAUCGUUACUUAUUGGUCAGAAAAUGAUUAUAGAAAUCCAAGCCAGCAAAAAGUUUUAACGAAAAUCAAAGAAAUAAAGAGUAUUACUGGAGCAAGAUUUGUUGAAGUCUUGUUGGCAGCCUUGUCUUCGAGUUUACAUAAGUAUUUUCUACGCAUCAAUGAAGUACCACCGAAUUCACUGACCGUCGUACUCCCAGUUAAAAUGGAAAAUCCGAAAGAACAGGUUCAUUUGUCCAACGAUAUCUCGGUUGGAUUACUUCCUUUGUGUAUUUCUGAGAUAAAUGGCAAAGUAUAUUCGAAUUUAGAUGAAAACUCAAGGACGAUCGAACGUCUUCAAGAAAUUAUGAAACUUAAUAAUAAGCUUCAAGAAGAUCUCGAUUAUUUGAUUAAUUUUUGGGUAAUGAAGUUUCUCUCUGCCGUAUUACCAGAGAUAUUAUUGAGACCGCUCUUGGAGAGUCAUAGUACGAUGAUUUUUAGCAAUUUAUCUGGAUGUCAGGAAGUACACAUUGUGGGCUAUCCCGUGAAAAAUAUUCUUUUCUGGAUACCGAACAAAAGUAACACGGGUAUCGGAUUUUCUCUCUUCAGCUAUAACGAACACUUGCAUUUGUCCGUAGUCGCUGACAAAGCUUUGGUAAAAAAUGAGAAAGUUUUUUCCAAAAUAUUAGGGAAUACCGUCUAUGAAAUCGAACAACUUCAUGAGAGCUUAACAUCCACGCGUUUCUCAAAGAAGUUUUUCUCUAAUGGAAAAGCACCCAUGGACAAAGAAAUUGGCGUGCCAUGAACCUAUAGAGACACUAACAGGGUCAAUCGCAUUUUACUUAUUCUGUGAAUGAAAGCACAUUAUCAUUUUCAUAAAAUUAUUUUCUAAUGUAAUAUCCAUACAAAAUUAAUGUAUUAUUUAUACAUU